UCCCUGCAAUGACUUGUCUGUGAUUGUAAAAUCUAACUGGCUUAAAGUAAAACACAGAGGUGUUGGGUUUGUUUAAUUCUACGAAUUCUUGCGAGUUUUCUUGCUUUUUAUUUGAUGAAUUUGGGAAUGUAUGAUCUGUAGUUUCUGAAAACAGGGGAAUUAGGGUUUCAUUUUAGUGGGCUUCAAAUCUUUGAUUGGGGUUGCAGACGAAUUGGGCUUGAUUGGACGAUUUCCACCGUUUUUAAAAUUGGAUUUGGUUCUUUUUGUCGAUUUGGGUAAAUUAACCUGUCUACAUUGAAUCUGGGUCAUUAUUUUGCUGGAUUUGCCGCGGGAUUGUGCGUCGUUGAUUACAUUGGCCUAAACUGGUUUUGUGUUGCUGGGUUUGCACUCUCAGGCGUUGAGGCUAAUGUUACGAGCUGUUAGAGUUCUGUAGCUAGUUGUGAGGUUUCAGAAUUUGGCUUUUUGAGAGAAUAAUUGUAGUGUUGUAGUGAAUUAUAGUGGGUUUACCUGGACUUAGGAGAUGGAUGAGGGUUCCUCUUUCCAAUCAUCAUCACAACGCAGUUCAAGUUUUUCCUCAGGCAGCAGCAGCAAUGGUGAUGCCGGAAACUUUGAGUGCAAUAUUUGUCUUGAAUUGGCACAGGAUCCAAUUGUAACGAUGUGUGGUCACCUUUUCUGUUGGCCUUGUCUGUACAAGUGGCUUUAUGGACAUUCAAAAUGCCAAGAGUGUCCUGUUUGUAAGGCUUUGGUGGAAGAGAGCAAGAUUGUUCCCUUGUACGGACGAGGAAAAGUAGGUGCCCCAGAUCCAAGAUCAAAAACUACGCCUGGUGUAAAUAUUCCCAACAGGCCUGCUGGUCACCGCCCAGAAACAGCUCCUUCUCCAGGCCCUAAUCAAUACCAACAUCAGCCAUUUGGCUUUAUGGGGGGUGCUCCUGCACCAAUGGCAGCACCUCGGUUUGGGAAUUUUACAUUCUCUGCAGGCUUUGGCUUAUUUCCAUCUCUCUUUGGCUUCCAAAUGCAUGGUUUUCCAGAGGGUGUUGGGUAUGGUGCAGCUCCUGGGUUUCAGUAUGGAUUUUCCAAUCCAUUCCAUCAUGGUCACCCCCAUGGAUUUCAGCAGCAUCAUAUGACUCGAGAACAAGAGCAGGAAGCCAUGCUGUCAAAACUUCUGCUACUCGUUGGAGCUUGUGUCCUUGGCUUUUUAAUUUUCUUCUAGAUGUGCAAUAGUAUAUUUAAUAACUGAAUGAACUUCGCUCACAUUAAUUGCCAGUUUUCUGAUUGUAAAAUUGAAGCAGAGAUCAAAUACUCUAUAGAACAUGCAAAUAUUGCUCAGAUACAACCAAAUCCUUGAGAUCAAUAAAAGCAGUUGGGUAAGUGUUGCCGUGCUCCAGUUAACUACAUUUUGAUACUUGUCUGGAGAACCAGUAGAUGCUUGAUGCUUUCCUGAUGCGAUUGAUAUGACAUUUGUGAUGUAUUGUUUGGAGAUUUAUUUUCAGGCAUUGAUCCUGGAAUUGUAGUGUGAUCAGAGUAUCCAGUCACUAAUAACUAGUGGUAUGUGUUUCCUUAUUUUUUAUUUCAACUGAGCUUAGUUCCAUCUUUUUCUUGUA